CGACUGUCCAGAGCUUGUGGCCGGGCGCCCCGAGGAGACAAGUAACUAUGGCCUACUACAGAUUCCUGGCAGAGCCCAUCAGCUGCCAUGCCUGGAACAAGGACCGAACACAGAUCGCCAUCUGCCCCAACAACCAUGAGGUGCACAUCUAUGAGAAGAGCGGUGCCAAGUGGAACAAGGUCCACGAGCUUAAGGAGCACAACGGGCAGGUGACAGGCAUCGACUGGGCCCCUGAGAGUAACAGCAUUGUGACCUGUAGCACAGACUGCAAUGCCUUUGUGUGGACCCUGAAGGGCCGCACCUGGAAGCCCACUCUGGUCAUCCUGCGGAUCAAACGAGCUGCGCGUUAUGUGCGCUGGGCCCCCAAUGAGAAGAAGUUCGCUGUGGCCAGUGGCCCCCAUGUCAUCUCCAUCUGUUAUUUUGACCAGGUGAAUGAUUGGUGGGCGUGCAAACACAUUAAAAAGCACAUCGGCUCCUCUGUCCUCAGCCUUGACUGGCACCCCAACAACGUGCUCCUAGCUGCAGGCUCCUGUGACUUCAAGUGCAUGAUCUUCUCUGCCUAUAUCAAGGAGGUGGAAGAGCGGCCAGCGCCUACACCGUGGGGCUCUAAGAUGCCUUUUGGAGAGCUGAUGUUCGAGUCCAGCAGUUCUGGCUGGGUGCAUGAUGUCUGCUUCUCGGCCAGCGGCAGCCGUGUGGCUUGGGUAAGCCACGACAGCACCGUGUGCCUGGCAGAUGCUGACAAGAAGAUGGCCGUUGCAACCCUGGCCUCUGAAACCUUGCCGUUCCUGGCCAUCACCUUCAUCACAGAAAAUAGUCUAGUGGCAGCGGGCCACAACUGCUUCCCGGUGCUAUUUACCUAUGACAGUGCUGCAGGGACAUUGAGCUUUGGUGGUCGGCUGGAUGUGCCCAAGCAGAGCUCCCACUCCCAGCGUGGCAUGACAGCUCGAGAACACUUCCAGUACCUCGACAAAAAAGCCAGCUCUGAGGGUGGUGCAUCCACGGAUGCUGGCCUGGAUUCGCUGCAUCAGAACAGCAUCAAUCAAAUCUCGGUGCUCAGCGGGGGCAAGGCCAAGUGCACGCAGUUCUGCACUACAGGCAUGGACGGCGGCAUGAGCAUCUGGGAUUUGAAGAGCUUGGAGUCAUCCUUGAAGAACCUGAAGAUCAAAUGA